UCCCCGACAAAAUCUGCGUUUUCGGAAAUACCGACUUGGAACGAAGUUUUAUCCUGGGAUAUGCCAGUUGGUGGACACAGCGAGAUUUCGGGACACAUGGAAUAAAUUGACGAACACGAUGUUUGUUCGGAUUGAAGUGCUGCCUGAAGGUCCUGACCGGCAACUGAUUAUUCAUUACAUAACGUCAUCGAAAUUUAAACGUGAAAUAGCCGAAGAAGAUUGUUUAAAAGUGCUACGGAAGUUGGAGUUUUUAUUCGGCUACCAUGAAAAGAGACGGCAGAAACGUGUGAGAGAAUAUGAUCAGGACGACAAAGACAAGCCACAGAAACUAAAAAAUGAAGACCCUGGCCAAAUCGUUUCCCGAACAGAGGACGUCGACUCGGGAAACGACUGCUCAAGCACUGGAUUAUCGCAUUUGCCUCCCGAACUACUGACGGAAAUACUUGGAUAUCUCUGCGCCGAAAGGCGAACAAGGUGUCGCCGAGUCUGCAGCGGAUGGGACAACAUCGUCACGUGUUCUUCCUCGGUCCGCAUCGAAAUUGAUGCAGCGCCAACGCGUGCGCGCAUCGCAUUAGCGUGGGCCCUCUACAAAACCUUUAGUACUGCCUCCAACGUGCGUGUCCUAACCUUUGCCCAAUAUGUCUGCACGACCUUUUGGGAAAACAUCGUGCCGGAGGUGGCCGCCAUGCUAUCCGCGAUGAAGGUCACGGUGCCGGUGAUUGUUCUGACCCACUUGAGCGUGGAGUAUCGGGAUGUGCGACCUGCACCCCCGCCACGAGAGCGCCAGCCUGUUUGGUCAUGGCGCGCAGUAUGUCGGAAGUUGGUGCUGGCGGAUGUGGCUCUCGUGAUGCCGGAGAGAUGCUCGCUAGACGAGGUCCUGACAGAUCUACAGGGAUUUCGUCAUCUGAUUGCCCCAUUGUGGUGCAGGACGGAUGCUCAUCGGAUUACUCGGGAGUACUACAAUCGUGUUGAUUCCGGAAAGUCUGAAAUAUUGCGGCUUAGAAAGAGCGUUAUGAAUAUGACCGAAACUUCUUGUUAGGCCGUUGUAGCAUUCGUUUUUCUUGCCUUGUUUGUACGUACGCCGGGUGUUCAGGUCUUUUAGGUGUUUCGCCUUUUCACAGCAGAUAUCCAUUAUUCAGGUUGAUGUCUCUGUAUUCUUGCAGUAUUAUUGACGGUGACGACAGUAUUAAUUUUAACAGCCAGAUUGUGGCGUCGAGUGGACAU